UUUGAUUUCCCACUACAACGACGCCGUACUAAGCAACCUCCUUGAGAGAAAGAAACCCAAACAGCCGGAAUAAUCCAGGUUUCGGCGUUUCGCUCAGGCGAGGAAAGGAAGAAAAUCAGUGAUGAUGGCGUGGACACGAUUGAUUCAGAGCGCGAGAGCAUCUUUUGGGACAGCGAACUCGUGUUCGGCUCUUGGCCUCCCUAGAUUCUACUCCAAACCAGCCACUUAUUUCGAGAAGGUUGGGAUUCCAGAGUUUCUUGGCGGGAUUGGAGGAGGAGCUGAGACUCACAUUGCCAAAAUUGAAACUGAGAUCGGUGAUCUUCAUAAGCUGCUUGUGACGCGUACCCUCAGACUCAAGAAGCUUGGCAUCCCUAUCAAACAUAGGAAACUCAUACUCAAGUAUGGCCAGAAAUACAGGCUAGGGCUAUGGAAGCCUAGAGUUGAUGCUAUCAAGACCUGAUCGAGGCACUAUGUUGAACUGUGAGUCUCUCAUUGCUGGGCCGUACUACUGAAAUGAGUUGUAACCCUAAAGGAUCAUCCUCAAACUCACUUCAGUAGUGGAAAAUCUAGACAGUAGUAGUAAUGUUGGUUUCAUUGUUUGUGGCGUUUCAUUGAAAUCCCUUCCAUAUAUUUGUAGUUCAUGUCACUGUUUUCUGUACUCUGUUAGAAACAAAUGCCCAUUUCUUGCGGGAUUUAUAGGUGUAGUAACUUUUUCCUCCAUUUAUAUGGAAGUCA